UGUACCACCCCGAAUCAUGUAUUUCUGGGCAACAUCAAACAGCUAAGAAGGCAAGGAAAAUAUAUCACAAAUAACCACCCUCCCAUCACCGAUAACGACAUGGCCCAGCUCCAAAACUCCCAGGCUCUGAAUCCCGGUACACCAAGGGGUCUGGUCCAGAACGUGUGGUUCCAUCUCCAGUUACAUCUGGGUCGAAGAGGGGAACAGACAACUAAAUCCCAUCUCAUUCCAUGUUUAAAAAAAAAAGAUACGCCACUCUCGCAUAUAACGAGGCCGCAAAGAAUCAAUCAUUCAUGUUCGAGCAGCCAGGGAACCCACUAUGCCCGGUGGCAUCACUGGAGUACACGUCAGAGCCGAUGGGCGUGAACUAUCUGGCAGCGCUUCUACCCAGGAUCUGCAGGGCAGCGGGAACACCUACAUACACACAUCACAGCAUCAGGACCACGACAGUCCAGAAACUGACCAAUGCUGGUAUAGAAGCGAGGGAAAUAAGGGUGAAUUAUUUGGCACCACUGUUGCUGAUGAAGGAACGUGGACAUUAGAGGAUAAGUGUCUGAUCCGUAUCAUGCUGAUGAAGACCAACAGGGAGGCGGGUAACUGCUGGGCCUCUCUGCUACAGGGAGAGUACUGUGCUGAUGCCUGGCUCCAGGACCAGAUGCAGAGGAAACUAACUCUGGAGAGGUUCCAGAGAGAGAACCCUGGCUUUGACUUCAGUGGAGCAGAGAUCUCUGGGAACUUUGCAGGUGGUGGGCCAGACUUCUCCAGCUUGCAGAAGUAAAGUGACAUCACAAAAGUGUUGUCGAACAGCAAGAGGGACCCACCCACUGUACAGUAUGCCUGAGAUUUCUGUCAUAUGGACACUGUUGAAGCCUGCCUAGGGGUGAAGAGAUUGUACUGUAGAGGGACUAGUGCUGCGUUCAUAACCAAGUGGAAGGUGGUAUUUACAACAUAAGACUGGGGAAAAUCCACUUGAACGGCCCUCCAACCCGUAAUUACUAGUGAGAAACUCAUCCAUCAUCCCUGAGCGCCGACUUCUCCCACAUGCUGACCUCUGAUGUGAAAUGACCUCUAACAGCAGUUAAAUGUAACAAAACAUUUAUAAAAAGCAAUCUAUCAAUAUGGUUUUUGAACGCUAUCAUUUGUUUACAAGCAUGAUAGCUGUACUUUUAGUUUGAUGCAGCUUGUUGGCCAUUAGCCAAUUCACAAACAUUCAAAGCAUGUGAACGCAUCCAAAUGGUAUUUUCAACUUCACAACUGGUAAUUACCACCUUCCCUCUUGGAUAUGAAUGCAACAUAGGAAGAGCAGUUGCCUUUGGGCAAGGAAUGGACAAUGUGUUCUGAAACAAUUAGAAUAUGCAGUCAUUUGAAAUUGAACUAUAAGCCAUAAUAACACACAAACCCACACCCUGCCUUUUCUCUGACCCUUUGCGUUAUUUUGGAUUGGUUUUAUCCUGCCAAACUGUUCAUAGCAGACUGCAUAGCCAUAAUUCAGUUAACUAGCUGCCGGUAUGGAAAUCUUUUGUGGAUUUAUAAUAAAUCGUUGAAAAGUG